UCCCGUGGAACGUGGACUUUGGCCGUGUUUCGUGCACGAAAUUACCUGCACCGACGAAUGACAGUGCCCCCGUGAAUCGGCAGAUCGGCGAACACGUUUCCCCGGCCCGGCAGAGACGAAAAACGGAUCGUCCAACGUAUCCCGUUGCCGCGACGAUUGCUGCGAAUUAUUACUUUGUUCCUCGAUUAGAACAGAAAGAAACAAAGACCGUUGCAGCAGCGAGCGUCGAGAUAUUGUUUCCUGGGCCGAGAAACGGCCCCGCAUUCGAACGCGUAAUAAGGAGAAAGCCGCUUAAUUUAACGGAAGAGAGCAAUUAAAGGAGAGUCCGUGAUUCUGUAAUAAAUCUGCAACAUGAUGGUAUAAUGAGCAAGCAGCGUCGGGAAGCGGAAAGAACCUCCGCCAUAAAAAUAUUGUACGACGAGUAACACCGAGUGGUUUAUAUCAGUUCGCGAGGAAGCUGCUUUCUUUUGCCGAGGAACGUACGAGAAACACCGAAGAAGGAUCGUCGAAAAAAAAUUAUGCUUAUUCCAACGACGAAUGAUUAUUCCGUGAAGGAGUCAUAAAUCGCUGUUCGGAAACCCGCGAAGCGAUAACGACAAGAAGAGACGCGUAGACCGCGCGACAAACGAGGGACGAAGAAAUAAUUCGUGAACGAAUUACCAUUAUUCCGGUCGCGCGGAAUCGUUGUUUCCCUUCGACUUCCCUCGAUCGGCCGAAAUCGGCCGCAAAGCGGGGCAAAAGCGUAUCGCGACGGAAACGCGGAAAUCGCGCCGCUUGCCUCUCGAAGCCGCGGAUUCGCGCGUCGACAUCGGCAACGGGUCUCCCGUCGAACGAAGCGGCAGGAUCGACGCCGUCGCAGCCAAUUAAUUCCGGCCAAUUAACGUCGCGCAACGGCCAAUUACGAGCCCGUCGAAGCUCGCAACUGCGAGCACAGUCGCCGCGGGCCCAUUAUUCCGAAAAGUUGUUUCGGCAAUGCCGACGCGUCUCUGUCGCAAGCGUUCCUCUCGCGCGCGUCUCCUCGCGUUUCAGCGCGACCGUCGAGGAGGAGUCUGCACGCGAACUUUUGCCGCGAAAUGUCCGCCGUCGCGGGAUCGGUGAUCCGUCUUGAUCGUUUCGAGCAGGAUGCGCGUCGGUGACGUUGCCGUCUGCAUCGGGUACGCGCGUUCGCCGCGAAAGGGUUGAAAAGGCUCCUGCGCCGAGCCGUAAUACCUGCUCCGCGAGUUCUCGAGUUCCCGAGAUUAUCCGGCGAGUGCGACAAAAAAAGCCGAUCGAAAAAAGGCAGAGAAAAAGUCGCUGAAAAUCGGCGCGCAGGUGUGAGACGGACGAGAAUUCGUCUUCGCGACUGACAGGAACUUCGAUCGGCGCGUUUUCCAAAUCGAUCUCCGCUCGUCGAGCGAUAUUUUCCGCGGAGCGGAGAACGUUUCCAGAUCGGCGGGGGAGGAACCCGCGAGUGCCGCUCGAUGGAGUAAUCCUCGAAUAGCGGGAAGUGUCCGGUAGCCGAAAGGAUAAAAUAGAAGCGGAAAUGACAGAGUACAACAGAAAAUAACAGAGACCAAAGCCGAAGAUCAAACGGAUAGCUCUCGACGACCUCGACGAAUCCGGGAGCGAGAAGUCGGGCUCCUAUUCACGCGAAAUUCUUUCCAACGCGAUUUCGCGUUUUGUUCGUCGACGAACACACGUCGCGGCCGUCCGAGCGAGACGUGCCGUUCGAAGCCGCGAUAACAAGAAAACCGUCGGUGGUCGUUGCAUCAACGCAGAAGAAUGCAGAAUCCGCGGGCCCGAUAAAUCAUCGGCAUCGAUCCGAGGCGGCAUCUCUCCGCGGAUCAAGCUUUCCCCGUGGCAGAGAGGAAAUCAUCUCCGGGAACGGUCCGCGGCGAAAUAAAGGGGCAAAUGAGCCGAUCCUGGUGGACUGCCUCGAGUGGCGAAUCCCGCUUAUCUCGAGCGGAACAAGCGUCCCGGUGAAGAGAGAAAGAGAGAAAGAGAGAGAGAAAAAGGGGGAAUAAUCAUCGGGAACAAUGUCAUGCAGGCGGAGGAUAGACUCGAAACUGUGGUCGGACUACACCCAGACGAUGGAGACCGAGGUGCGAACGCUCAAGCAGGAGCUGGUUCGCACCCAGGAAACCUUGAAGACGGCCACGAAGAGGUGCCGCGACCUGGUGAAAGAGCUGGACAAUCGCGCCGCGGGUCAUGAGUCCGAGAGGAGCCUCCGGGACCAGCAACUCUCGCGGAUACUUCGCGCCCUGCUCGUCCUCGAAGCGCGGCUCAAGCAGGAGCAGAAGUCGAUUAGGCAACUGCUCUGCGAAAAGGACAACGUCAUUAGGAAUCAACAGCUGGAGAUCGCGAGGCUCAGGCGUUACACGAAGAACUACAUCAAGUGCAAACGCGAGCAGACGCUCGGCAAAACCACGAUAAAGAUGGAAACGGCGAACACCAUCGAUGAGUGCCAUCUGCAAUCGUCCAACGUCGAAGCGGACCUCAGGCAGGACAACAGUAUUAGCAAGGACAUCCAGACGCUGAAAUGCGAGAUAAUCACGAAGUUGAAUUCGUCGGAAGUGCCUGUUACGCUCGAGGGCUUGGACAGAGGAGUGAAGAAGACCCACAGCUUCGCCGGCAGCGAUAUCUCGAAAACGAGUCUAACUAGUAGCGAGAACACGGACGUGUCCAUUAUCACGACCACCACGGAGGGCAGUCCUUCGCUGCUGAGCACAGAGGGUUUCUGCGAAGGCGAGAGCACGGACGUUUCUCCUGGCUCGACGCUGAACAAGUCCAGCAGAUGUACACCGACCAUGGUCACCGACAGCGAGAACGAGACCACGAUGAUUUUCGACGACAACGACGACGACGCGGACGCCAUGAUCACGGAGAAAGGCUCGAAAUUGCCCAAGAAGAAGAUAGGUAUAAGUAGAUUAAAGCAUCCGAAAGCUUGCAAAGAGUCGGAGGUGAUAGAGGCUACGAGCAUCGCGAGGACCGAGAGCAAGGACGACGGGAUGGACUGCAAUUUCGCCUCGGAGGACGAGGAGAAGGAACCGGAGCCCAUUUAUGUGAACGCUUGCAACGAGACCGAGGCAACUAGGAACUUGGAGCAAACCGAGACCGUGCCGGAGCCGCUGAAAGCGACUGAGGAUUAUAGUAAUAAUAACAGCAACGACGAGGGUGGUAAUAACAACGCCAAUGAGAAUAGCAUAGCCCAAAAAAUGGAGAUCGAAGAACAAAACACGGAAGAAACCAGCGGGAACUGGUACAGCGAUCCGGACGAGGACAGGAUCAACGACGACGUUUUUAGGCACAGCACGUAUCGACCAAAUAGCAACCACAAUUCCGUCUUGGAAUGCGUGAACCAGAUUCUUUUGAGAGAUAUGGAGGAAGAGGAAAGCAUACUCUCCGUGCCUAGAAGAUUCAAGCAUCGGGGAAGAAUCGUCCGGUUUCAGCCGGCAAGAUUGUCCGACAUCGAGUCGGUGGGUUCUGAGAUGGAGAGGAAGAAUUCCGAGGAACCUAACACGGAACAAGAGGUACCGGCUUCCGAGUUUCACGAUGUUCCUGCAAACAGUUUCGAGCCGUCUGCCACGGAAGAUGAGUUUGGGAUGAGCCUUGCCCAAACUGUUCCUACGAACGUUGCUGCGAAUAUCGCCAGUCACGAGUCAAGCUUGGAAGACGAAUCGGAGGAAUCGAAAGCCAUUCCUAUCGUAAUAAUAGAGCCAAAGGUAGAAGUCGAGGAGGCGAGGAGUACGUUUCCUUGCUCGCAGGUGCAGAAAGCGAAAGGAGCUAACGCGACGAGUCCUCCGUUGAAAUUGGAAAUGAUCGAGGAGAAGGCCUGCCUGCAGAUUUCUUCGAAAGGAUUGACCAUAGCGAAGAACCUCGACUACGAGGACAUCGAGUCUCUGCCGGAAAUAAUAUCGCCUCCUCCGAAAACGCCACCAGCGUUGCCGCCUAAGCCGCAAUUCAAAAACAACACGUUGAUCCUGAAGAAGAUCCCUAGUCCCUCGUUUCUGAUCGACGAGACACGGAAGAAGCAACCGUUGCUCGAAUCUGGUUCCUCCGAGCACAGCAAAAAGAUCUUCGGCUUCAUAUCCUCGCCGUUGAAAUCGGCCGGGAUAAAUAUAACUUCCGCGCGAAGUUUGAACUUCGACGACGCCAUCAAUAAAGCCACGGGAACGAACGAGGAAGGGAAUUUUUGGAAGAAUCGAUUCAAUAACGUUCGUUCCUCGUUCCAGACGCGACAGAACAGCCUCGAAGCUAGCGGAGAGCAAGCUAGGAAGGUGCCUAGGGUGACCAACAUCGUGCGCCAUUUCGAAGAGUUCAAGAUCGGCGGCGAGUCCGACGAGCAAACGAAGGAAAGAAAUAAAACGAAGGAGAAGCACGUCCACGCCGAGUUCGAUCAAGAAUUCGACAUCCGGCAGAAUUUUGAAGAGUUCAAUCUUGACGAGUGCAAUUUGUCCGAUGAUCCGGACAGGCCGGAAGGCGACGGUUCAGAGAGACUUGGCAAUCUUGGGGCCACGGUUAGUCAGAACGAAAAGAACGGCACAACCAAAGACAAUAAUAAUGUUCCUGUUACUACGACGAGCAAUUUGAGCAGCGGUUACGAUCACUUUCUAGAAGCAACGGGUCUGAGCAAUAAAUCGAUAUUGACGCCUUCAAGGUUGUUGAGUAACCACAAAAGUAUGCUGAAACCGAAAGACGUGAAAUACAAGAAUAAAAUUAAAGCAACCGCUGUAUUAGAGAAGCAUGGUGUUUCGACUACCAGCAAUACAACUCACGUGAGACAUUGGACUGGACCGUUCGUCUGACGACUGGCCCAAGUUUUCCCAACAAACCUAUUUCGACAAGAACCUUGUGAUGAUGGGAGAUAAUUGAUUUAUUUCGAAUAAUUACGCUCCCAUGCUAUUUGCUAGAGGUGAGAACAGAUAAGAAUCGCAGACUGUGCUGUGGGAAUACAGUUUAUUCAUAAAUCGAAUAUAAAAUAUAAUACUGUAAAUUGUUAUAAAUAUUCCUCUUACGAUACAAUGCCUUUUCACAUCUUUCUUGUUACGCGGAACGAUGCGAGAGACAUUGGAAUUAAUUUAUUUAUAGCAGCUUCCAUUCGAAAAGUAUUCCGAUGUGUUGUAUAUUUUAAUAAGAUAUUUCUUACAUAUUUAUAUAACAUUACUAAUGAGAGUAGUGAAUGGAACCUAUGUAUUUACGUAUUUUAACUUCGAUUUUCUUGCUGUGAAAUCGCGGAUAAAGCCGUUUAUCGCGAACUGUGAAUACUUUUAUUGCGGGAACAUUUUUCGUUCUGUUGUUUUCUGUCAUAGAAAAUUCAGACUUAAAAUAAUCAAGUUAUGAAAAUUAUAUGAUUAUCACACGAUCGUAUGUAAUUGUGAAGUAAAACUACGAAUGAAUGAAAUCUGUGAGAUAUAUUAAAUGUUUGCAUUUAAACGAGUCUAUGACACUGUAAUUAACCCGUAAUUACAUUGUUGUUACAUAAAAUGUAUUAUGUUCAGCUAGAAAUUAAUGAUCGAACUACAAACGAUAGUUGGAAUUCGAUGUGUAUAUAAAAAUAUAAAAUUUUUCCUAUUACUAUUUCGUCUCUGGAGCAUCUAAUUACGGGUGAACUUUUGUUUCUCAGUGUAAAACAAUAUAGAAACGAACUAUAUAUGCACUAUACAAGCAUGGAAGUGCUAUUACCUUACUAAUUGUAUGUAUCGCUACAAGUCAACAUGAGGAUAAAAAUAAGAAUGUACUUGUUUUCUUUUUUUUGUUGGAAAUAAAAUUAGAGAUGACUUUAUUGAAAGAAUUUUGCAUUUGAUUAAGAAAUAGGAGUACAUCAGUACAAUGUUAAAUAUUCUGUAAUGAUUUAUAAACAACUAGAACGUAUGAUACAAUUAUAUAUAACUUCUACUAUCUAUAAAAAUACAACGCAACUCUAUAAAAAUACAAUGCUAACUGUCACUGGUAUCAAAAUCUAAAUAGGACAUGGAAGAAAAAAGUAUAUCGGAAAAUGGACAUUAUUAAAUCCGAACAUUAUCUCACCGAUACAUAUUAGAAAGGAUUCCAUUUUCACGGGUUAGUAAUCACUCGUUCAGGCACUCUAUUACACUUGGCUAGAGCUAUAUUAUCAAUACAAAUGUAUAGAUAUAGCUGUAAAAAUUGCAUGAAGAAUCACACAAUUAGUUUGGCACAGUGGCUUCUUCAAGUUUCUCUUUCCACGCGGAAAUCAUAAAAGAACUGAAAGCAAAAAUGUAUAUAUAUAUAUAUAUAUAUAAUAUCAGUGUUAUUAUACUGUGUUGUGUUAAAAAUACUAAUUAAAUCUUCAUUUUACCUCCUUGUCCAAGUCUUUCUGAGACCAGACUCUGAUCACAGGAAUUUUAGUCUGUAAAUGACGUCAUUGAUAAAAAUAAGUUCAAGUUCAUUUAUAACUCGUCUAUAAAUAUUACUUACAAUAGAGGAAUCAGAUUGUACGCUAAGACGCGGAUUAAGGACAAAUGGCACCCCAUCUAAAUCUGAAGACCCUGGCAGUGUACCAUAAAUCGAUGUAGUUCCUACAGCUGAUGUUGUAGGUGGCUGUGGGGCUGGUCUUGUGGGCCUGAUUCUUGCGCUAGGACUUAAAACUUCAUAAUCUCUGUCGGUAGAUUCGUCUACUUCCUUUCCCGCACUUCCUCCAAUUUGUGGAUAAAUUCCGUUUGUUGGUUUUGGUGAGAACUUUGGUUUUGGUGGCCUUUCAGGAGCUACUCUAUGUGGCGUUCCAUUCGAUGGAUUAGGAGAUGCAUUUUGAAGUAAACUAAUUAACAAAAUAUUAAGCAUUGAAUACUGAUCCAUAACUGUACAUUAAACCUGUUGUUUUUUUUUUUUAAUGAAUGAACGCUUACUCUAUAUUAACAUACGAUUGUGAGCUGGAAUUCCCAUUUGCAAUAUCCACAGUUUUGUAGCAAACACAAACUCCGUUUAUGACACUGCAAAAUUGAUACUUCAAAUUCAACCAAGAAAUAAAUAUGUAUUAAAUUCAUAGAUGAUAAGAAAUCUUGAUACUUACCCAGCAGCUACAAAACCAUUUGGAGCCAUUUUAGAUUGAUAUACCUUAUGCAUAACCCUACUACAUAUAAUAAUGUCUGUAACUGCUCUCGAGCAUAAUUCCUUAUUCCUAACUUUAUAGCACAGCUGUUUCUUUCUCCAUGCCUUCUGCACUAAAAUCGAUUGUUAAAAUGUACUAGACAAAAAUGCUAUUCCAAUAAACAAUAUCUUGAUCA